GGUACUAGAACUAGUAGCAAAUAACGCAUAGGCGCAAGUUUUCAUGCGCAGUGGACUCCCCAUUUUCCUGGUCGAUCGUGGUUUUCCAUUUAGUUUUUCAGCUGAUCACGCUUUCUGCAGCCGCAUCGCAGACUGUCCGUGCCGUGGGUCAUGUGCGAAACUGUCGCAGCGUAGUGAAAUCGCUGAGUGAUUGUGUUGUGUAGUUGUUUAGCUAGUGCCAGUGAUAAUGUUUUCAGGGCUUACGAAUCAGGUCAGUUCGUGGAUGGGGGCUGCGAAGGGCGAGCCUCAAGAUGAGGAAGUGCCCACCCCCACAAAGGAAGCGACAGGGGAGGCCGCCGCCGCAGCGGAGGGCGAAAAACAGAGUCCUACAAAGGGAGGCAGCAAACUGGACUUAAUCACCAACGUUAAGUCUCAGAUGACGGGCUGGCUUGGUUCCGGUAUCCCCAUCCCUGGACUUAGAAAAAACGAGGCUGCCCCGUCAGACACUGAGCCCGUACCAGCAGAACCCGCCCCCGAGGCCGAGCCCAAACCGGAAGGGAAGGACGAUGACGAUAACUCUAGGUAUAAUAGCGCCACUGGGGGUGCCGACAGCCGGCCGGCGUCUACUGGUGGGACCCCCACCGAGGAGCAGCCGGCUGGGGUUGGGAACGUUCCAGGUCAACAGAAUAAAAAGUUGUUUUCCGUUGAUGCUAUCGAGGUUCCAGACAUGCAAGAGUUGACCACCAAGGCAGUGGCCGGCGCCAAGUCGCUCGGCAACUUCCUGUACUCCGCUGUCAACAAGGCCGGAGCCAAGGUCAGCGAGGCCAGCGCUAAGAUCAAGAAGACCGUCGAGGAGAACAGCAUCCUGGGCGAGUUCAACCGCGAGCAGGACGCGUUCAUCAAGGGGCAGGACGGGCGCGGCGGCGGCGCCAGCGUCGCGCCCUGGGUGGGCGCUCCCAACGAGCCCGCCCUGAAGGAGGAAUGCCUGUCUCUGUCCACUGAUCGACGGAACUUCGUGCGCGCGCCCCCCGCCGGCGUGGAGUUCGACUUCGACUACGACAAGAUGUACCCGGUGGCCGUCGCCAUCAUGACCGAGGAUCCCAACCUCGAGAAGAUGCGCUUCGAUCUCGUGCCAAAAGUCAUCACGGAGGAGAACUUCUGGCGGAACUACUUCUACCGCCUGUCGCUGAUCUGCCAGGCCAACGAGGCCGACGCCGCCGCCGGCCGCGCGCAGAGCGUUGACGACUCCCAGGAUGAUAAAUCGGCAAGCGACAGCUUGAUAACGAACGAGAAAUCCUCGCAAGAGUCGAUUGACGAUGUCAAGAAGAGAAUUAAGUCCCUCAAGGUGGAUAGAGAGAAUGAUGAUGAGCAAUGGGAGAAGGAACUUGAAGCCGAGCUGAAAGAGUACGAGGUGGUUGCUGACAAAGCGGCCGACGACAAGUGGGAAAAGGAGUGCGAAGACCUGCUUGGGGAAGAUGUGGACCUCAAGUAGACGACCGGUGAGACGAGUAGACCGGGUAUACUCGAGUAGACCUAGUGGAACACCAGGUCUACUGAAGCUAUCGAGCAUACUGAUGGUUGAGUAGACCUGGUAGUUCUGGUAGACUUGAGUAGACCUGGUAGACUCGAGUAGACCUGGUUGACUGGAGUAGACCUGGUAGGUUCGAGUAGACCUGGUAUAGUCGAGUAGACUUGGUAGAUUUUAGUAGACCCAGUAAACCGAGUAGACCCGGUUGACUGCAGUAGACCCGGUUGAAUCGAGAAGACUCGAGUAGACUUGGUAAACUCAAGUAGACUUUAGUAGACCUGUUGAUCUAAGUAAACCUAAGUAGAACUGGUUGAUUAGACUUGAGAAAACCGGGUAGACCUAAGUAAACCAUAGGCUAUGUGAAUCGGAUAACCAUACAAAGAUGGAUAAUUUGAUUUUGAAAAGUAAAUGAAAGUAGAAAGUAUACUUAUUAAUGUACGUCAUUAUAUUAUUAUAAAUAGUGAGAUUGUUCGAAUGUCAUGUUGUCGAUGUCAAUUUUAUGAAAGAGUCGGUUAAAAACUAAUAUUACGGUCCGGUACAUAACAUAGUCCGGUCCCAUUAUUUAUGCUAAAAGAUAAUUUUAGUUACUCAAACGUACAUUAUUUUACAUUUGUACAUGUUUAUUAAAAUAUAUCAAUGCAUUAAAAUAAUUGUAAAAAGUUACAAAAAAAAAAAACAAUGCUCAAUCAUAUUACUGCAUUUAAUUGCUUUUUCAUGCAAUUUUGAGGCACUAAGUAAGUGUCGCGUUGUCACUAUCAAAAUUUGGAUCAAAACGGAAAACAAAACUAACAAGCUUGGAAAACUUACAAAAUGUUUUGAGCAGAAAACAUUCCUUAUCAUCAUAAAAAAUACGUAUUAUUGAAUGAAAUGAAUUGCACGAUAUAUCGUCCCGGGAUCCCAUAAUUCCGGGAUUGCCAAUCCCAUCACUAAAUUACUAUACGGCGAUUAAUUAAAGUUUUUUAAACUUAACUAAAAUUAAUAUAAAGUUUUGAAAGCUAAAAUAAAAAUAUUGUUCAUGUUCACAUAAUAAUUAAAAUAAUAAAAAAGGCUUCUGAAAAUACCUAAGUUAAAAUGUACAUAUUUGUAGAUUUGUAGUUUGUUUUAUACGAAUGAGUGUUUAAAGUUGUUAUUUUAAGGUUUAGACAAUAUGUGAUGUAAAGAUACAAUUAUUUAAGUUAUUUCAUUUAUUAUUUACUUAAUAAUUUACAUGACUAUUUGUUUUAUUUUAAUAUAUUAAAGUUAUUUAUUUAUAUCUUUCCAAAUUACUGUCUUAGAGAUAUCUAUUUAGUUAUUAAGAUUCAAGAAUUAUUUUACCAAAUCCCUAUUCCAGAUGGCACAAAUGCAUGAAGUUCUUAAAUACAUAUUUCAUUGAAUUCCUCCAAAAGUUGGAUGACUAGGGUAACAAUAAAUUCAGAUAUUAUGUAGGAUACUUCAUAAUUUGACAAGUUUGUGUGUCACUCAAAAAUACUUUAAGUGCGAGAUAUUUAUUUGUACACUUUUAAAAUGUUUAGUUGAACAAUAAUAAUCUAUAUUAUUUUAUAGUUAAAAAAGAGCAGCAAGCUCUUUAUGUACUAAGCUUAUGUUAUAGUUAUCUAUUGUACUAUAUUUAUUUUGUGUAUAAUUUGUAAGCUGGAACGUUGUUUCUAUCUAUGUACCUAUAUCAUUUUAUUAUACUACUAUGUAUUGAAUAACUUACGCCAAGUCAUCAAUUUCGAGUAGUCGUGUGUUCAUAUUUGCUGCAUUCCUAUAUUUAAUAAAAGUGUUCGAUUAUA